CUUAUCCCUCAAACUUUCCAGCAUGGAUAUCGUCAAUAUAUCCGAGGUUUUACUUGAGUAUGAAGGAAAAGCUCUUACCUUGCCUGCUGUUCCAACAAGUUUCAUAUGCGUCGAGGAGAAUUGCUCGGAUCUACCUUUACCAACAGGGCAUUUACAAGCGAAUGCACCACAACCGUUUGCUGCCACCAAAGUUUUAGACGGUUUUAUUUCCAACCUGAAACCCGUACUCGAGGGAGAAGAUGUGAAAACGGUCUAUGAUGUCACAUUGAACUACUUCCAAGAUGCUCUCCAUCGGCACUGGCCGGGCGAUACGAUAGGGAUUUUAACGUACAACUUACCGGCCGAUGUAUACUACGUAUUGAAUCGUUUGGAUUUGGAAGGUAAAGUAGAUGCUAUCCAUCGUGUGGGGAUUGAUAAAAAUUGCACGAAGAAAGCGGCCAAGGUACCACCAUUUGUUCCUGCCGCUGUGAGUUUGCGGCGUCUUUUCAGUGAAUGUUUGGAUUUGCGCGCCGUUCCGAAAAAGUCUUUGAUCCGUGCCCUAAUCCCUUGUACCAGCGACCCAUGCGAAAAGCGAUUCCUGGAAGUGCUUUGUUCAAAAGAAGGACAUAGCGUGUACGAAGAAUACAUCCUUAAACAAGGAAAAGGAUUUACCUCUCUCCUUAAGCUGGUCGCUUCAUGCAAGCCAACGACAGCAAUAAUGAUAGAACAUCUUCCGAGAUUAAUGCCGAGGCCAUAUUCAAUCGCAAAUGCGCACCGUGAGGACGGAAAGCCGACGAUUCGUUUUAUAUUUUCACACAACGCAUCGAGGCCUGGAAUCACAACCACAUACCUACGCGGACUUGACACUAGUGCCCUUGUCUAUUUUUACUUCCGACAAAGUAGUGCAUUUACCAUUAAGGAUAGUGAACUGCAGAACGAUUUGAUAAUGGUGGGAACUGGCACGGGCGUUUCACCAUAUCUCGCUUUCCUGGACCUUCGUGCUGAGGCGCUGGCAAAGGGACAGACGAUUGGGAAGGCUGAACUAAUAGCAGGUUUUCGCUACCGGGACCGAAGCUACCUGUGCCAGGAAGAAAUUCUGGGUUACGUUGAAACUGGCGUGCUCGACGCCUGCUACGAAGCGUUUUCCAGGGAUGAAAACAGCCGAUUUAAAUACGUACAGGAUCGCAUCAAAGAACGCAAAGCGCAGAUUGUAGAGAACUUGAGGAGUCCACAUGGCUUAUUUUUCGUUUGCGGCGAUUCGAAGGUUCUCCUGCCUCAAAUUACUGCUACCAUAGUAGAGUUACUAGCAGAGUCAUCAGAGGACCCAGAAAGGGAAAGUAGUAAAGCGUUUAUCGACCAGUUGAAAAAGGAUGGUAAAUAUCGGGAGGACGUUUGGUUGUGAGUAGUUUUUUUUUCCCGGACGACAUCCGUUAAACUCAAACUGACAGUAAAAUCAUAACCGUAUGAAAGUGAUACGAUUUAUUACAAAAGGAUAUCGAUAAAUAAAAUAAAAAUAAUUAUUGAAGGAGGUCACAGGAGUUUUGGCCCACUAGAAAGGAGAUCAAUUAUCACACUGAUUUCAAAUACCCGCGCCUAUUUCAAAAUGGUUAGCUGUUUUUUUCCAAUAGAAAUUUAAUAAAACCAAACCUUAAGAACGUAAAACGUUUUUAACAAAAACCUUAGGAAAAUUAUUGUUCAUUCGGUAUUCCGUUAACAAUCGCUAAAGAACGGUUAUUCACCCAGCAAAUAAA